CGUGAUCAGCUUUGCUGCAUGGUUAAGCUGGUCACGUGUCAUCUCACUUUUUUUUAAAGGGAUAAACAGUAAGGUUUCUUUUUACUGUCUCAUUAGCCUUGUUUCAGGAGAUCAGAGAAAGAUGGAAUGCAAGGAGGGGGAAUCCCGAAGGAAGUAGUCCCAAACAGGCUGUAAAGACAAACUGUCAUGGAUACAGUGACAAAAUAUCAUUUGAUUCUCCUCUGCAGGAGAAUCCUAUCAGGAAGUAGACUCCAUGGCAUUUUUUUCAAGUAGGUCCUUAGAGUACUUUGGCAACAGGUUUAGCAUCAUAAAUGGAAGAUUUGAACUUUGCUUAUUAUACACAUGGGUAACUUUUGUGUUCCUUCUCAGUGAGAAUUUUUUUUAGGCACUGAACAUCCAGCAGAUGGAGGCUUAAAAGACAGUAAAAUAUUCAGUUUCCCAGAAUUUUAAGAAAACCUUGUGAAAAAAACAUUUCUCUGAACUGUUUAGUGGGGCAUGCUGAUUUUUGUUCUGAUCAUUGAGUUGACAUUUUCUUAACUUUAAAACUCAUUUCAAGAGACAUGCAUGGUUCUUAACUCCUGUAAUGCUAAAAUGUAGGACUGUGAUUGUUAGAACUGGAUGAGCAUUUGGGACAUGGUAGAGAAAGGGCUGACUGGAAAAGAAAUUGAGAAUAAUGCUCUUGAUGUGUUUUUUUCUGCUUAAAUGGUCAAGACACUUAAAAUAGCUGCUUUGAAACUAUCAAAUAUAGGCAGGUAUAAAAUGGCACAGCUGAAUGGAUACUUGAUUUCAAGAUUUUUUUUCUAUAAAACUGGUAUGAAAUUUUUGCUUGAGAUGAGCAACAAUUUGUUUUUUGCAUUACUGAACAGUGACUUGUGCGGUGUUCUGAUUCUGAAGCUAAAGUGUUGGCUAUUGCAGGCAUUCUUAAAGGGAAAAGACAGUGGUAAACUUACAAACCCUUUUUCUUCCACCCCCUGUUUCCUUUAUUCAUUCCAGCUCAUCUCAGCCUUCUGUCUGAGGUCAUCAUAGAUGGUCCAUGAAAUUAUCUAAUGCAGUAAAAUGUUUUUGAAAGUAUUUGACCAACAGAACAUGAGGCAUGGAAGAGUUCUAAGAUUAUCAGCUGCUUUGGGCUGAGCAUCAUCAUCUUUGCCCAAGUGGAUUUAGGCUUCCAAGACAGGCCUUCAGACAGUCCAAUGGCAGACCAAAGGAUGGACAUAUCUUCUACAAUUAGUGACUUUAUGUCACCAGACCCUGCUGACUUGAUCUCCAGUUCCCUUAGCACUUCAGGAAUGGACUGUAAUAGGAAAAGAAAGGGAAGCUCAACCGAUUAUCAACUCGAUGGCUUUCCUUUUGAGGAAGGUAUGGAUACAGAUAAAGAUGACCAACAUGGAAGAUUGGAGUAUGCAGACCAACAAGGCAGGAUAAAAAAUGCAAGGGAGGCUCACAGUCAGAUCGAGAAGCGGCGGAGGGAUAAGAUGAACAGUUUCAUAGACGAGCUGGCCUCGCUGGUGCCCACGUGCAACGCCAUGUCCCGCAAGCUGGACAAGCUCACCGUGCUCAGGAUGGCUGUCCAGCAUAUGAAAACACUUCGUGGUGCUACAAACCCAUAUACAGAAGCAAACUACAAGCCUGCUUUUCUAUCAGAUGAUGAAUUAAAACAUCUUAUUCUCAGGGCAGCAGAUGGAUUUCUUUUUGUUGUGGGCUGUGACAGAGGAAAGAUACUGUUUGUUUCAGAAUCUGUCUUCAAGAUCCUCAACUACAGUCAGAAUGAUUUGAUUGGUCAAAGUUUGUUUGAUUAUCUCCAUCCUAAAGACAUUGCCAAAGUGAAGGAGCAGCUCUCUUCUUCUGACACGGCGCCACGAGAAAGACUGAUAGAUGCAAAAACCGGACUCCCGGUAAAGACGGACAUAACACCCGGGCCCUCGCGGCUCUGCUCCGGAGCACGGCGCUCCUUCUUCUGCAGGAUGAAGUGCAACAGACCCUCCGUCAAAGUAGAAGACAAGGAUUUCCCUUCUACCUGCUCAAAGAAGAAAGCAGACCGCAAAAGCUUUUGCACUAUUCAUAGCACAGGCUAUUUAAAAAGCUGGCCUCCAACAAAGAUGGGCCUAGAUGAAGAUAACGAGCCAGAUAACGAGGGUUGUAAUUUAAGCUGCCUUGUUGCCAUUGGAAGGCUCCAUCCCCACGUGGUCCCGCAGCCGGUGAACGGCGAGAUCCGCGUGAAGCCCACGGAAUACGUGUCCCGGCACGCCAUCGACGGGAAAUUCGUCUUUGUAGAUCAGAGGGCAACAGCCAUCCUGGCAUACUUACCCCAGGAACUUCUAGGUACUUCAUGUUAUGAAUAUUUUCAUCAAGAUGAUAUAGCACAUCUUGCAGAAUGUCACAGACAAGUUUUGCAGACAAGAGAAAAAAUUACAACUAACUGCUACAAGUUUAAAAUAAAAGAUGGCUCUUUUAUUACGUUGCGGAGUCGCUGGUUCAGUUUCAUGAACCCUUGGACCAAAGAAGUAGAAUACAUUGUCUCCACAAACACAGUCGUUUCCACCACGGUCCUGGACAGCGGGGACGCGGCCUUUCCUCAGCUGGCGGCGUCCCCACACAGCAUGGACAGCGUGCUCCAGGCUGGAGAAGGUGGCCCCAAAAGGACCCAUCCUACUGUGCCUGGAAUUCCAGGUGGAACAAGAGCUGGGGCAGGUAAAAUAGGGAGGAUGAUUGCUGAAGAAAUCAUGGAGAUUCACAGGAUAAGAGGAUCAUCACCUUCCAGCUGUGGCUCAAGUCCCCUGAAUAUCACCAGCACCCCCCCGCCCGACACAUCCUCGCCGGGAGGGAAGAAGAUCUUGAAUGGUGGCACUCCAGACAUUUCUUCAGCUGGGCUGCUGUCUGGGCAAAUCCAGGAUAAUUCUGGGUACCCAUAUUCCGACAACUCCUCUAUCCUGGGGGAGAACUCCCACAUAGGCAUCGACAUGAUCGACACGGAGCAGGGCUCGAGCAGCCCCAGCAACGACGAGGCGGCCAUGGCGGUCAUCAUGAGCCUGCUGGAGGCCGACGCGGGGCUCGGCGGCCCCGUGGACUUCAGCGACCUGCCCUGGCCCUUGUAAAUGAAGCACCCAGCACCCACUAUCAAAGUGCAUUUACUGGUGGAGCUCUGCAGUCUGUGAAACCUGUGAGACUGAGAGGCUUUUAUGUAGGAAUUUCAUAAAAGCUGUGUCAGAACGCAACUCAUCCUACCAUGUGUAACUUCAGACAAAGUGGAAUAACCUGCUACAGUGUUCUGUGUUGAUUUGGUUAGCUGUGUAUAGCUUGCAACACUUGUAUAUUUUGGAUUCUGUUGUUUGAAAUUUUUUUUAAAUCACUGUGCAACUCACUGGCAUCAGUGGUAGCUUUUAUAUGCAAAUGACCAUUUCAGAUGUAUGGUGUGUUUUUACACUGCAAAACAGUCCCCAUGUGGAUAUUUCUUAUACUAAUUGUACCAUAAAGCUGUUUAUUCUUUCUUGUAAGAAUCCUUUACUAUAAAUAUUGUUAAAGUGUAAUGUAUUAGACAGUUAAAUAUUUUUAAAAUAAAUGUUUCCCUUGUUCUACGAUGGAGCAUUUACUUUGAUAAAUAAAUUUGAUAAAACCCUGCUGAAGGUGCAUGCUGGAA